AUGCGUCUGUCAUGGCCGAUGGCUGAUAACAACCAGGGCACCACAUCAAUUUCACCCCCUCUUUUUUCAUCAUACAAUGACAAGAUACGUCCCAUAAUUGACACCAUCGACAAGCUCCGCAGCCUUAAAGUCAUCGAACAAGGCAUCCCAGACCCCACCAUCAUUGUUGCAGGAGAAAAUUACUCGGGCAAAGCAAGCGUUAUAGAGUCACUCGUCGGCAUUUUUCCUCCAUUUGCACGGGAGGCCUGUUCAAAGGUUCCUCUUAUAAUGAGGCUUCAAAACCAUCAGAAUCCUGCACCGGAGUUCGUACUGCAGUAUCAGAAAAAGUCUGUUCGGAUCAUGAAGGAAACGCUAAUAUCCGAAGCAAUUAAUCAGGCUACAUUAGAGAUCGCCGGCAUAGGUAAAACUAUACCGAAUGUACCUCUAACUUUGUUAGUGAAGAAGAAAGGUAUUCCGAAUCUCACCAUAACUUAUUGGCCCGGAAAAUAUUGGUAUUCCACGUCCGAAGAUAAGUCGAGAGACAAUUUCGAACAUAUCUCAGAUAUCACCAAGGGGUAUAUAAACCCAAAGGAGAGUAUCAUUUUAAAUGUUUCUUCUGCGCGCAGUAGACUCCCAUCUAUUCGCACGUCACAUAGAGUGGACACCAGAGAAGAGAGGACGCUUGCAGUCAUUACCAAAUGUGACGAGUACCAUAACAUUGAUCUUAGUAAAGCCAUUUCAGAAAAUAAAUUCAAGAUUCGCAACCGCUAUCACUUUAUCAGAAACAGAAUCAACGAUGAAACCCAUGAGGAAGCUCGAAUUCAAGAAACCACACUCUUCGAAUCAUCUCAUUUGUUGUCAAAGAUUGAAAAGUCCAUGGUGGGUAUUCCUGCUUUGGCCACUAGGCUUGCAAAAAUUCAUUUAGUAAUCAUAUUGAGAUGUCUUCCAGACAUCGUCAAGAAGAUCAAUGAGGGGAUUUAUGCUCUGGAUUUGGAGCUGAACCAAUUACCCAAAAACUCUAUGAGUAUUCCUGAUGCAUUGAUUGCUUUUAUGCAUAUCGUUGGGUCGUUCAAGGUAACUCUUCAAAAUAUCUUGAUAAAAGGUGAGUACGAUCAUGAGUACAUUGACGAAAAACAAAUGCAUUGCAAUCCGCGGUUGGUUGAAAUGCUAGAUGAAUUUUCAAAAAAACUCAACUCGGUUGUCAAAUUCUCUGAAAAUUUCCUAGUUGAGGAGUUGGAUGUUCUAAUGGAAGCUAAUGGGAUCUGGUCGUCACUUUUCGUUCCUCACUCUGCUGUCUUAUGUUUGCUCGAGACAAAACUCAUCAAUAUCUCUACCUUUCCCAUUAACUUUGUAAAAAAAGUGUGGGAUUAUCUUGAAAUUGUUUGUGUUAGAGUCUUGAUUGAUCAUCAUGGAGAUUAUCCACAACUGCUUUCAUCCAUGAGGGAAGCUCUUCAGAAUGUAAUGGAGAAAAUGAAGAUUGAGUUUUUAGGAAGAGUUGUAGAAAUGAUAGAGAUGGAAAAAACCACAGAUUAUACCUGUGACCCUAAUUUUGUUGCUUCUUGCAAUUACAAGCUCAUGGGAAAUCGUGAUGAGUUUUUGAAGGCAAUGUGCAAUCAUGUGGAGGAGAUAAACAUGGAAGGUCAUGAUAAGAUCAAUGUUAAGCAUCUGUUUAGUGUCCCCGGAAAUACAAGGGAUCAAGCAUUUGAUUUAAAAAUGAGGAUGACGUGUUACUGGGAAAUUGUUCUGAAAAGAAUGGUGGAUUGGAUGGCACUUGAGCUUCAGUUUUUGGUGAAAAAAUUGGUGAACAAGGAGAUGGAAAUGGAGAUGGUGAAGGAGGCGAUGGUACAUGGUGGUAUAGAAAAGAUGUCGGAGGAACUAUCCUCCUCCGGAAAAGAGAGGGUGAGGCUUCAAAAAAGCAUUAGCAUAUUGCAGAAAUCACAAGAAAUCAUGGAGGAAGUCAGGAUGGCAUUAUUGUUUCAGCCAACUAGAGGGCCGAUAUAG